AUGCGGAUACCUUCGCUCAUUAUCGCGGCUUUAGCCGCCCGGGGGACCGUUGCUGGUUUCUUUGAUCCUGGCGGUGGGUCUCAGCAGGUGUUGACCCCUGAUAUCGGAGGAGGCAUACUCGGCGAUCUGGAUCUAAACGGUGUUAUUACUAGUAUUAGGGAAGAUGCGCGGAGUCAGGUUUCGUGUGCGGUUUGCGAGGUAGUCCUACUUCAACUUAAACUUGCGGCGUUGAGAGGUGAUGCUUUUUUCGUGGGUGUCACGACGGAGCUUUGUAAACGGUUCGGCAUCGAAGACAACGAUGUAUGUGAAGGCGCCGUAGCCCUAGAAGGACCGGUCAUCGCCCACGCUUUGCGCGGGAUGAGAAUAGGGUCAAAGACGUCGCGGUUGGCUUGUAUUGGGCUCAUGGGACUGUGCUCGUAUCCCGAGGUCGAACCGUAUGAUGUCUCAUUCCCGUCGCCGAAGCCGAAGACUACACGACCCGCUCCUAGCAGCUUGAAGCCGUUGCAAGUUGUACAUUUCUCGGAUGUCCAUGUCGACCCGCUAGAAAACACCUCCAGUGACAGCAACCCCAACUUCAAACCAGCCGACCCCUUCGGCGAGCACACCUGCGAUGCCCCCGCCACUCUGGAGGAGAGCAUGUACGCGGCGAUUAACGCCAUUGCGCCCGAUGCCGCCUUCGGCAUCUUCACGGGCGACAUCGUCGACCACGCCAUCUGGAGUACCUCGAAAGCGUACAACUCGCGCGUCAUUAAAGAUACGUAUGCUCGUAUGGAGAACGCCGGGUUGCGUGUGUAUGCGACGGCAGGAAAUCACGAAGUUUCGCCUGCGAACGCAUUUCCGCCUGUGGGCGAGAAUGGUAAGGUUGAGAUUGGCACGAGUUGGGUCUACGAGUUGCUAGCGGAGGUUUGGGGAAGGUGGGUUGGGACUCGGGGCGCGCAUACGACGAGGGCUUUUGGGGCGUAUUCUGUUAGACAUGCUAGCCGGGAAGACGAAGACGGUAGGGUGGGUGGGUUAAGGGUUAUUUCGGUGAACACGAAUUUGUAUUAUGACCAGAACUACUGGUUAUACAAGGAUCCUAUGGAGAGGGAUCCGAGUGGGCAAUUGGAGUGGCUUGUUCGUGAGCUGGAUAAGGCGGAGAGGGCGGGCGAGAGGGUGUAUGUUGUGGGACAUAUGCCGAUGGGGAAUAGGGAUGCAUUUCACGAUGCGUCGAAUUACUUUGAUCAAAUUGUUAGGCGGUAUGAGGGUGUUAUUGCGGCUAUGUUCUUCGGUCACACUCACUUUGACGAGUUCCAGCUCUCGUAUGCGGAUUAUGACAACAUGUCACAUGCGAACACACUGGUCACAUCGUACAUUGCUCCGUCGAUGACGCCGACGUCAGGACACCCGGCUUUCCGCAUAUACGAGGUAGAUCCGGUCACUUUCGCCGUGCUUGACGCUACUACAUAUAUCGCCAACAUGAGUGAUCCCGAGUUUUCGAUCUCCGGACCGAAGUGGACGAAGUACUACUCAGCUAAAGAGUCAUACAGUCCGCUUAUAGGGAAAGGAUUAGGAUUGGGAAGCGAACAGGAACUAACACCUGCGUUUUGGCACAACGUAACUGAGGCUCUUGAAAAGAAUGAGACGGCAUUUGAGGAGUAUUUCGAGAGGAGAUCGCGGAGAUGGGGAGUGGGGAUUUGCAGGGGAGAGUGCAAAAGCAUGGAGAUAUGCAAGAUGAGGGCUGGGAGGGCGCAGGAUAAUUGCGUAUCUCCCGGCUUGAGGCUUGGUGGCGUCGGUAAGAUGAUGAAUGGCCACAUAGUACUUGAAGAGGAGUGCGGAGGUUCGGUUAUACGUGAUACGCUCGGAAAUAUAGUCGUCGAUUCGGACACGCUGAGGAUCUUUAAGGAGAUAGUAGUUCAAAGAGAGAUUCUAUAA